UUUUUAUUGUUAAUUAUUAAUGUCUGCAUCAAAGAUCUUUUAUUCACCAUCACGCUCGAAUGUUAAUGUUUCAAAUGUGUAACCAUAUGCCGGAGACAGAGCACUUUCACCUAGCAGAGCCAAAAUAUCACAGUUGUCCGAAAAACUGUCUAAUCUAUAGCAUUAGAUUGACGAAGAUCAAGCUGUAAGAGUUUUAUGUUAAUCAUUAGUUUAAAAAAGAAACUUUUGAAAGCAAGAUUAAAAUUCUAGAAGACAGAGCAACCAAAUAAGCUUAAGGAGAUGAUUCAAAGUUCAAGUUGUUGAAGGAACAGCUCUAAAAGGUUGAAGAGGGUGCUUAAAAUGAAAAAAUCAUUAGAGAAGUACUGAUCGUUUAAGAAAUAGGCUGGAGAUGAGAAAUUGAGAUCAAAAGAUUUAAAGGGAUUAGAAGGAUUUUUGAAUAAAGAAUUAUAAUCGGAAAAAAUAAAUAGAAAAGAUUUUGAAGGAAAAAUAAUUAAGAAUACGGACGAUAAGGUUUAUAGCUUAAAAUUGGAUUUGGCUAGAUAGAAGAAAUAUAGAGAGGAAACUGAAGAGAAGAAUGCUUAGGAGAUUGGAGAUCGUAUUUUAUAAUUAUAAGAAGAAGUAGAGGAGGAGAGAAGAUAAAGGUACAUUAUUAAUUAAAUAUUAAAUUAGAGAGUAGUAAAAUCAAAACACAAUAAAGAGAUUGGGUGAUUCUAUCUUAAAAUUGUAAGAGAUCUUGACAACUGAAAAGAAACAAAGAGAAUAAGCCCAAAGCUAAAUGUUCAGAAUGUUAGAUGAAAUGAACCACUAUUUGAAUAGCGAAUUAACUAGUGAAAAGAAUGAAAGAGAAGCAACAGAAGAGAGUUUGAUCAAUUUGAUCGAUCAAACAUGCAACAGAGUUGAAAAUUCAUUGAGAAAAUGAUAUCAUAUAU